AUUGAUGCUGCUAUACUCAGGUUUUUUACUUCCACUAACUUAUUUUCAUUUUCCCAUGCUAGGUAUACAUUGUUUUGGAUCAUGCUGCUAAUGACCAAGCUAGCAUUUAGCUACUAUGUUGAGAUACUUCCUUUGGUUGGGCCAACGAAGUUGAUCAUGGAUAUGCAUAUUGAUAAUUAUCAAUGGCAUGAGUUCUUUCCAAAUGUUACGCAUAACAUCGAUGUUGUUAUUGCUAUAUGGGCUCCAAUUGUGCUGGUUUAUUUUAUGGAUGGACAAAUAUGGUACUCCAUCUUUUCUACUCUUUUUGGUGGGAUUCAUGGAGCCUUCAGCCAUUUGGGUGAGAUACGAACACUUGGAAUGUUACGGUCUAGAUUUGAAUCUGUGCCUUCAGCUUUCAGUCGCCGUCUUGUCCCAUCAUCAAAUGAUGAUACUGAUAGGAAAUACUUGGCGGAUGCGUCCAUUGAAAGAAAAAAUAUUGUAAACUUUUCUCUGGUGUGGAAUGAGUUCAUCAAUUCUAUGAGAAAUGAGGAUUUAAUCAGCAACCAUGAAAGAGACUUGCUUCUUGUACCUUAUUCUUCAAGUGAUGUGUCUGUUGUCCAGUGGCCUCCUUUUUUGCUUGCUAGCAAGAUUCCAAUAGCAUUGGACAUGGCAAAAGAUUUCAAGGGAAAGGAAGAUGCUCACUUAUAUAAGAAGAUGACUUAUAUAAGAAGAUGGAUGACUAUAUGCAUUCGGCAGUAACUGAGGCCUACGAAUCAUUGAGAGACAUAAUAUAUGGCCUUCUGGAAGAUGAUGCUGAUAGGGAGAUUGUAAGACAGAUUUGUUAUGAAGUGGAUAGGAGCAUACGACAACAUAGAUUUUUGAAUGAAUUCCGAAUGAGUGGCUUGCCUAUGCUCAGUGAAAAAAAAAGUUAGAGAAGUUCUAAA